AUGUCCUCCCCCACUCCCUUUGCCGCCUCACCCACCUCGAGCCCCUCGCACGACCCCAUCCCCAAAUCCCGCUACACCUACAAACACCUCUCACAACUCAAGACCUUCUCGCCCACAACCCCACUCCGCCCAAUCGCCCACAUCGACCUCGACUGCUUCUACGCGCAGUGCGAAACGGUCCGCCUGGGUCUCGACCCGGGCAUCCCCCUCGCCGUCCAGCAAUGGCAGUCCCUCAUCGCCGUCAAUUACCCUGCGCGCCCCUCGGGCGUGAGUCGCCACAUCACGGCCACGGAGGCAUUGAAGCUGUGUCCCGAGUUGAGAUUACAGCACGUAGCGACGUGGCGGGAGGGGGAGGAGGGGUGGGCCUAUCGCGAGGAUGCGGCGCGGUGUAUAGCGACGGACAAGGUGAGUUUGGAUCCGUAUCGGAUGGCGAGUCGGAGGAUUCUGGCGUGUAUCAAGGGGGUGUUGCCGGAUAAGGAGCAGAGGGUCGAGAAGGCGAGUAUUGAUGAGGUGUUUUUGGAUUUGAGUGCGCAGGUGCAUGGGGUGUUGAUGGAGAGGUUCCCCGAGUUGAGGGGUGGUCGGUCGCUGGAUGGGGAUGCGAAUGAGUUGUUGCCGAAGGUGCCGACGACGGUGGUGGAUUGGGCGGCGGACGAGGUGGUGGGGACGGGGGAUGAGGAGGGUGAGGAGGAGGAUACGGAUUGGGAUGAUGUGUGUUUGGCGAUUGCGGCGGAGAUUGUGCGGGACGUACGGAGGGAGAUUAAGGAGAAGCUGGGGUAUACGUGUUCCGGGGGAGUCGCGAAGAAUAAGUUGUUGGCGAAACUUGGAUCCGCGUACAAGAAGCCGAAUCAGCAGACCGUUAUUCGGAAUCGUGCUGUUGGCCAGUUUUUGAGUGAGAAGAAGUUCACCAAGAUUAGGAUGCUGGGCGGGAAACUUGGGGAUGAGGUCGUGGCGAUGUUCGGGACGGAUCUAGUCAAGGACCUCUUGGACAAGCCAUUGGAGCAAUUGAAGAGGUUGGGGGAUGACACCGGGACUUGGCUGUAUGGGACGAUCAGGGGCGAAGAUCAUAGCGAGGUGAAUCCCAGGACGCAGCUCAAGAGCAUGCUGUCGGCGAAAUCGUUUCGGCCGGCCAUCAACUCGUUUGAGCAGGGGGUGCGGUGGUUGAAGAUUUUCGCUGCUGAUAUCUUCUCGCGGUGUGUGGAGGAAGGUGUGUUGGAGAAUAAGAGAAGACCCAAAACCAUCAAUCUGCACCAUCGUCAGGGCGCGCAGACGAGGAGCCGGCAGAGCCCCAUUCCGCAAGGCAAGCCACUGUCAGAAGCCUUGCUGUUCGAUCUUGCAAAGAACCUCCUCGCUCAGGUGGUGGUAGAUGGGCGCGCCUGGCCAUGCGCCAAUCUCUCCCUGAGUGUCGGCGGAUGGGAAGACGGGGUAACAAACAACCAGGGCAUAAGUGGAUUUCUGGUCCGAGGCGCAGAGGCAAAAGCACUUAGCACAACGGGGAAAUCAAGUGGACAGGUUGGGGAGCCACCCAGAAAACGAAGGAGGAAGGGCAACAUAGCAAACUUCUUCGGCCCCCGAGACGAGAAGAAGCAGGACUUUGACGCCGCUCGCGCUGUUCUACUGGCACAUCGAAGGUCCACAAAUGAUGAUGAAGAGGAAGACGAUGAAGAUCUCAGGGCCCAGCACGGUGAGGAAGAUGUGUUUGAGGAGCGAGAAAGGUCAACCACGCCUCACCUCGGCCGACAGUCGUCAUCGGAUCUUCACAAUGAAGAAGUUCGCCCCUCUGCGCAGCGUGUCUCGUAUGCAGAAGACAAACCUAUCUCCCACCAGCAAUCCUCCAACACCUUCUUCUGCCCCCGCUGCAACAUCCACCUCCCCGGCGCCGAGAAACCCGAACACGACGACUUCCACUUCGCGCUCGACCUGUCCAAGGAGAUGAGGCAGGAAGAGCGGAUUACGCAAAGGACUCCGGUGCCGCAAAAGCCCACGAGAGGGAGGGGAAGACCGCCGGGC